AUGGCAAAUCUGGAACCAACCUUCCGUAAAUUUGCCACUUAUGGGGACACAGCUGCCUCCGGCAAUGACAUGACAAGCAAGAACUUUACUAAGAUGAUGAAGGAAUGUGGUGUCUUGGAUGGGAAAACAGUGACUGGUACUGAUGUGGACAUUCUCUUCAGCAAAGUCAAGGCCAAGAAUGCCCGUAAUAUCACAUAUCCAGAGUUUCUGGAAGCCCUAAAAGAACUGAGUACUAAACGCUUCAAAGGGAAGUCACCAGAUGAGGCAUUGAAAGCUAUCCACAACCUGAUAGACGGCAAAGAGCCUGGCAAUGUUGGCACCACGAAAUCUGUCGCUGCUGGUGCAGUGGACAGACUGACAGACACCAGCAAGUACACAGGAUCGCACAAAGAGCGUUUCGAUGAAAGUGGCAAGGGCAAGGGGAUAGCUGGGCGUGCCGACUUGGCUCAUAACACCGGCUACGUUGGAAACUACAAGGGAGCUGGAACCUAUGACAAGUCUCAUUAGGGGUGGAUGGAGAUGUGCCAUGCCUCCUGAGGACCUGCCUGUCCCUCUUGGCCAUGGGAGGGGAGGACAAUAAAACACCGCUCUGACUCAUUGCUUUCUUGUGUCUCUCUCUGG